AUGGCUUUUGGGUCCGAUGCUCCAUUCAAAUGGCGAAACUUCUGGGCUUGUUUGGCCAUUGCCACAGGCCAGAUUGCCUGGGGUUACCCUUCAGAAAUCAUCGGCCCAACCCUUGGAAUCCCGGCUUUCCUGAAGUACAUGGGACUGGAGGACCCCAGGACCGCCGGUGAUCUCAUUGGAGCCACAAAUGGUGUCUAUCAGGCUGGUGCCUUCUUCGGCAUCAUCGCCAAUCUCUUCGUCAUGGAGAGAUGGGGGCGCAAGGCUGGCGUCGUGGCCGCGUCCGUUGUGUCAAUCUUUGGCUCUACCCUGGUUGCUGCGGCUCAGAAUAUUGCCAUGUUCAUCGUGUUUCGAUUCUUCGCCGGUGCUGGCGCGUAUGCGCUCUGUGUCGUUUUACCUAUCUAUACUGCUGAGAUCGCUGCACCCGAAUUGCGAGGUCUCUUUGUUGGACUGAACGGCGUCAUGUGCGGCUUUGGAUACUCCAUUGCCGCGUACAUGGGCCUGGCGUUCUCAUAUUCCAGCAACGAGACCGUGCAGUGGCGUGCACCUCUUGCCCUGGCCGUCCCGUGGCCGAUCUUGAUGCUCGUACUUGUUUACUACCUCCCCGAGUCCCCUCGAUACCUCCUUCUGAAAAAUAGAAACGAGGAGGCCUGGAAAGUCGUGUCCUCGCUCCACUCGACCAAAAACGAUGCCGACCAGGUGUUUGCCCGGGAGGAAUUCUAUCAGAUGCAGAAACAAACCGAGUUGGAUCGGACGAUCGGCUCAUCCUGGUUGAAGUUGUUCACCAAACCGUCAAACCAAAAGAGGCUGAUGGUUGGCAUGGGCUUUGCCUUUGUCGGCCAGAGCACAGGCGAUCUGGUCAUUAACAACUAUGGCCCGACCUUUUACAGUGCCUUGGGCUUUAACCCCAAGGAUCAACUCAUCCUACAGGCUGCGUGGGUUUCCGUUAGUAUCUUUGGGAAUCUUGUCGGGGCACUUUUGCUCGAUCGUGUUGGGCGACGACCGAUUAUGCUCUUUGCUGUCGGAGCUUGUGUCAUCUGUUUGAGCAUCGAGGCUGCCAUGGUCGCAGAGUAUGCUACCUUCCACGAUGGCAGAACCAGCGGAGGCAGCAACAAGGCGGGGUUGAGUGCUGGUGUGUUUGCUCUGUUCUUGUUUGAGGCCGUCUACACCUCCGGCAUCGACGUUGCGGGCUUUGUUUUCUUUGCAGAAAUCUGGCCCAACCAUGAUCGAGUCCGCGGCGUUGCUCUGUCAUGGCUUGUUUUCGUCCUCACAGACUUGGUCUACCUUCAAGUCACGGCCACGGCGUUUGCACAUAUCGGCUGGAGGUACUUUCUGGUCUUCAUCGUCGUCAGUGCCGUCGGGUGGGUCUGGAUGUGGUUCUGCAUCCCUGAAACCAGGGGUCGACCCCUCGAGGAAAUGGCUGAGCUAUUUGGUGACAAGGACGAGGUCAUGGUGUACCUUCGGGACCUACACAUUGAUGAAGAGACUCACGAGGUCGUGGAGGAUGGCCCACGUAAGGUUGCACAGGUUGAAGGCGAGGCCAAGAACAUUGAGCACGUCCAUGUUUGA